AUGGAAGCGUUUUGCAACUCGGGAAUUAAUGCAACACUUGAUCCGCAAAGUGAUGAGGAGCUUGCAAAGAUCAAAGGCUACAUUUCCUAUGCGCAGGUAAUAUUCUGCCUUGUGGGAGUUGUUGGCAAUAUUUUGAAUCUGCGGACACUUCAAAGUCCAUCUCUUCAAACUGUACCUUUUAUGUACAUUCGCUCGAUGGCAGUUUUUGAUUUGAUUGCGCUAUCUUUAAUUAUGAUACAUUUUGCAAUUUAUGACAAAAAAACAGUUGCGAUUUUAAUGGCAUACACUGCUUAUGUUGAAGCUCCGGUGAUCAACACAUUUUUGAUAGCAGGCCUUUACUGUGCAUUUUUCCUUACUGUUGAAAGGUUCAUGCUGAUAACGAGGCCUUAUAUGAAAGCUUCAUGCAACCCAAAAGGUCUUGCACGAAAGAAGAUCGCCCUUCUUCUUUUCUGCUCAGCAUGCCUUCAUACCCCAAUGAUGCUUCAACGAACUUUAGUCCAAGAUAAAGAUGGUAAUUACCAAAUGGUUAACAAUGUUGCACUUCUUUGCGCGGAUCCCAUCAAAUGGACAUUAUUCAAUUAUUAUAAGCUUGGACGCGAAUGUUUGCGUUUUUUCAUUGUUAUCUUAAUGACCGUUCUGAAUUUAUUCAUCGCGCGUCAGCAUCAGAUCACUAAGGAUCGACGACGUCGCCUAGUAAAGAGGGUUGGGAAUAACCGAGACCACUCAAGUCUCUCUAGUCUUGCGCCUGGUGAGAAUAGAGCUGAACAUAACAAUUUAAUGAAAAGCUUCACUGAGAAGAAGCUCACAGUUCUUAUGAUCUCGAUUUGCUUCAUAUUCAUAUUUGGAAAUCUUCCGCAAAUGAUUGUGAUGGUUAUUCAAAACGAAGCAUUGGAGAAUGUUUUUGGAUUCCAGGUGUACCGCUACUGUUCGAAUUUGUUGGAGGUCGUUAACCAUUGUUUGAACUUCUACGUAUUCUGUAUGGCGAGCAAAGAAUACACGCGAGCAUUUCUUCUCAACUGCAUUUGCUUGCGAAAUAUUCUUCUCAGAUUCCCAAGAGUUGCUAAUUAUCUGGCCACACGUAGAUCUAGCAGCAUGGUUGCCACCAGCUCAGCAGGGUUUGGCAUGGCUAACAAAGACUAUAUGAGUAUGGAUUCACUUCGAGAAGAUGUUCAGCAGUGGACUGUUGAGCCAGGAGCCAGUCAAUCGGGCACAUCAAGUUUGAAAAGCAUUCUUGUUACUGGAGCUCGUCCAGAUUGCCCAAAGAAGAAAAGCCUAACCAUUGUGAAUCAUCUUCAGAUCCCUCCAGAAGACUGCAUUCCCGAAGAAGAAUUGGAGGAAUUGUAA